AUGAAUCCUUCAUUAGAUCUUUCACCAGAUCUAGUGGCAUUAGUUACAAAUAAUAUUCAAAGUUCUGGUGAAGACCUUUUUGUUGAUGUUCAUGAUCAAGGUGUUGCUUUUGCUUAUAGUCAUGCUCCAACUCCUUCCACUGUUGUUCCUACCACUAAUAUCACUCANCUUCCUUCCCCUCAUAACAUUACUUUAUCCCAUCACGCUGGGUUUGAUUGGGUUUCUAUUGAGCCACCUAAACAUGCUCUUCCUACUUAUAUCAUGUCGUUGGAUGAAACAUCAUCCAAAGAUGAUGUGUUGAACUGUGCAAAUCNCAUGGAAAGUUGCAAUAAUUCAAUUGGCGCAGUUCCUNNUAAGAAAUGGAAGCAUUGGACUGAAGAUGAACACAAGUUAUUUGUCCUCGGACAUGCCAAAUAUCAAGACAAUUGGAAAGAAGUAUCAAAAAAUUUUGUCCCCUCAAAAACUCCAACCCAAAUUGCAAGUCAUGCUCAAAAAUACUUCCUUCGUCAAAACAUCCCGGAGAACAACAGAAAAAGGAAGAGCAUUCAUGACAUCACUUUGCAGGACAUUGCCACCGUUGUAACUCCUUCUUACAUUUGA